CUAGUAUAUAAUUUUUAUAAAAUGAUAUAUUUCUGGAUCCAAAAAAAUAAGUUAUAUUUGCAUUCCCUUCAAAUAUAAUUCUCUUCAUCCAUUUACAUUUAAAGAACAUGUCUUUAUCAAUCAUAUUUUUUUUAAUGUACACCUAAAAAAGCUGUUUAUUAUGAAUUGUGAUGUUGACAAUAUUAGUAGUUCUUGUUAGUUAGAAUAUAGUAGAACCAUUAUACUUCACAACUGCCAUCAUUAAACAUGCAUUAACGUGCUAAAGUACCAGACGAGAGAAAUACAUUUAAAUGUAUUAAUGUCCACAUUACUUCAUUUGAAUAUAACAUUUUCUUUCAGUCACACACACACAAGUUUUCGAUCCAGUUCAUACAGUUGUGUAAAGCAAUGACAAGCCCUUCAACUUGUGCACACUCUCUCUAUUUCUCAAAUACGCUCAACCAGUAGUUAGGCUGCCUGAAUGACCCACAGCAGACCUAAAACAUAGUGGCGUUUUUGAUCAACAAUAUACUAUUGCCUUGACUUUAGAAUGGAUGAAAGAUGAUUAAUAGAUCCAGUCGGCCAUUUCUUUUAACCGUGGAGGCCUAACGACCUCCAUGGCGCACAGAGAUGAGCAGCCGUCACAUGGAGUUUGGCCUCACCGCUGUGGCUUGUCAACAAUCUCACCUCUCCUCCCCUUUAGUCGGCCUAUUCUGUCAAAUUGAUGCUUUUACUCACAGUCACUCACUCACGGUCUCCAUUAUGUGGAUAAGGAGCAGCUGGUUGUUAGGAAGUUAUUUGUCUGACAUUAGGGUUUAAACCCUGAACCUUUGCCUGUGAGGGAUACGCCUAGCCACUACACAUCCUGUUGCCUAGCUUGACGAGGAUGAUGAUGAUGAUGAUGAUGAUGUGGAUGCUGCUUAGGAAAACAAGACCAGUGCAGAGAUUUGACAAAUGCUUUGUUUUUCUUUUAAUUUAGUUGUGAUGCAUCACUAUGUUAAAGGCCUACACAAAGAUAUUUCAAAUAUGCUUUUGGUUUAUUUUUUAAUAAAUUAGUUCUAUCAGGCCUACCACAAAUCAAAAUCAUCGGGGCAUCUCGAGUUAGGAUCCACGGGUAAGGUCCUUUUUAAAGGGACUGUCAAUGUAUAAAUUGACAAUAGGCUAAAUAAAUAGGAUGUAAUACUAAUUUACCUAAAUUAACCUUUCCCCGGCUCACUCUAUUGCAGCGCCCCAUCUGGUAGACUUCCCUAGCCAUCGAGAUGCUUAUCCCAGGAUAAAGUACCCUCUAAAUCCAUAGGGAAUGGGUAUAACGUGUGACCCAAAGCCAUUUUGCCAGGAAACAGCAGCGAGCGCUUCAAACAAGUGUGCUUGUCCUCUACGUACACCUCAUCGGGAUAGGCCGUAGUAGGCUCUGUUUGCUUUUAAUCUAUAUUUUUUAUCAGACUACAGCAAACAAGGAAUUUAUAAAUCAGAAGGGAAGGAGGCUGAAAAUAACACUUUUCAAACUAAAACCUUUUUUCCUUUACACAGACAUUUUUGGGUGUAGCGCAGUUUUAAGUGCACCUGAGGUUCAAUGGUCAGCAUGGGAUUAAUAAAUAACAAAAGGGGGAGUGUCGGGAAACACCUUAAAAGACAUAGUAUACGUUAGCUCCUUGCUCGACAGAGCAAUCCCUCCUUCACUUCUCAUUUAGGCCAAGUUGCGAGGCCAUGGAAGACACUGUGAAGGAUUUCUCGGUGUCUUACAAUCGCAUUAACAAUGAAGACACCUUUACUGGAGGAGAUUUCAUCUCAGGGAACAUCAAAUUAGAACUUUCAAAAGAUUGUAAGAUCAAUUCACUCUAUGUGCAGAUCAAGGGGAAGGCCAAGGUCUUAUGGUCAGAAGACCAUGGUAGAACGUCAACAGUUUACUCUAGCACAGAGAAGUUCUUAAGUAUUAAGCAAUCCGUCAUACAGGAGCUCAAAGGACAGGAAAGCCAAACGGUUGGCCAAGGGUGCUAUGCCUACCCAUUCAACUUCCAGAUUCCUUCAAAAGAUCUUCCAUCAUCCUUCAAAAGCUUCACUGGGAAAAUCCAGUACAGGGUGAAGGCCUACCUGAGUAGGUCUAUGAGCCGAGAUACCAAAGCUAAUGCUCCCUUCACCGUUAUUUCCAAAGCCAGCUGUAGUCCAGAAAUGAUGAUUCCACAGCAUAGUACCAAAGAUCAGAAACUAAGACUCUUCAACUCAGGAAAAGUGACCAUGGAUGUUCACAUAAAUAAAAUGGCCUUCUGUCAAGGUGAGGCCAUGCAAGUAACAGCCUACAUUCAGAACAGUUCAUCCCGGGACAUUAAGCCCAAGUACUGCUUGUACUUAAAGACCAGCUUUUUUGCAAAUGGGAAGAAAAAAGUAAAGACCAAGGACCUGGUGAAAGAGGUGGGGGAGCCCAUCCCCCACUCCGCCGGCCAGAAUGUGAUCAGGGUCAUCACCGCCCCCGCCACCACCGAAGUGUCCAUCUUGAACUGUUCCAUCAUUAAACAUGAGUACAGACUCAAGGUCUAUCUGGACGUGAAGUACCAAUUCGACCCGGAGGUCGAUUUCCCCAUCGUCAUCCUGCCCGCCACAGCAUCUCCUGGCCUGGGUCAGCCUCCUGCCUAUGGGGGCUAUGGCUUUGAGGCGUUCGGGAACCCUUCACCUACCUCAGCAGCCUCUGAACCCUCUGCCCCACCUCCGCCUCCCUCCUACGGGACAUACAGCCUGUAUCCCCCCUUGUCUUGAACUUAACAACGAACAACAACAACCAGUAUCUGACAUUGAGUUGAAAUGCUGAGUCGAU